CAGGGAACUCCAGCUUGGUCGGUGUCGUAGUGUGUCGAUGGCCUCGGAGCUGAUGGAAGAUGAGGACUCGAGGGAGAAGCAGCCGAGGUGGGCGGACGGCAGCAGAGUCUACGCGCGCAAGAGGCCCGGCACUCAGUCCUCGCACACCCCGGCCGCCGCGACGGAGAACGGGAACUCGUUGAUCCGGCCGGCGGGCUCCCAAUCCGAGGAUGCCGCCGCGUCUGAUGAUUCUUCGUCGAGCCGGAGCUUGGAGCGCGCGAGCUUGUCGAAGGUGCGCGAAUUAGUAAACGGUAGCUCGACGCCUGGUUAUGCUUUGUCCGGUCGUAGUGUUCGGAUUAGUGUUGAUUCGAGAUCGAAAGUUGAGAUCAGAGUGCUUAAGAGAAAGCUAAUGAGAGAGCUUGAUCAAGUUAAGAACUUGCUGAAGAGACUUGAAGCUAAGGAGAUCCGAGCUAACGGUUAUUCGGCGAGGGAUGGUGUUGGUAAGGCCGGGACGUUAAUGCGUGUAAACUCCGAAGUGGGUUCUGUGGGCUUACCAGUUUCGCAGCCUUUUCAAGGUCAUGGGGUUGCCAUGGCUGAUAGCGACAAUGGCAUUGGUAGUGAGAUUUUAGGGAAGGAUAGAAGAAACCCUAAGGUGAAUCAGCUUCAUCCGCAUUCAGAAUCGGUCGCUCGUAAGGACAAGCUCCAACCACAGGAGAGUAACAAGAAGAUGAAAAAAUCAAAUGGAACAAUCGAUGAUAGGGGGCCAAGUUUUGGGCUUGAUAAGCAUUCCAGUCAAUUGUUUAAGAGUUGUGACAGUUUGUUGUCUAGAUUAAUGAAGCACAAAUAUGGGUGGGUUUUCAAUACACCAGUGGAUCCUAAAAAGCUUGGGUUGCAGGACUACUUCACCAUCAUUAAGAAUCCGAUGGAUUUGGGUACUGUUAAGUCUAGGUUGAAUAAGAACUGGUACAAGUCACCCAGAGAGUUUGCAGAGGAUGUGAGAUUAACAUUUCAUAAUGCGAUGUUGUACAAUCCUAAAGGCCAAGAUGUUCACAUCAUGGCUGAGACAUUGCUGAAGAUAUUCGAAGACAGGUGGAAAGUCAUAGAGAAGGAGAACAAUCUUGAUCAUAGAUACAAUACGAGUUUGCCAACACAUAUUUCCAAAAAGGCUCCUUCUCCUGCUCCCAUAGCUCCGCCAGCAUCGUCUGUACGUCCUGAUGCGGAGGCUUUGGAUAAAUCAGAGUCUAGGGCAUUGCCAGUGGAUUCUAGGACUAAGCCUGCCACUUCUGGACAUCCAGGUAAGAAGCCAGUUCCCAAGAAUCCUGAAGCCAGGGAUUCUCACAAGAAGGAUAUGACUUAUGAGGAGAAGCAAAGGCUUAGUGAAGACCUCCAAACUUUACCUUCAGAAAAGUUGGAGGAUGUUGUUCAGAUAAUAAAGAAGAGGAAUCCUCAUCUAUUUCAACAGGAGGAUGAGAUUGAAGUCGAUAUUGACAGUGUUGAUUCUGACACUCUUUGGGAGCUUGAUAACUUUGUGAAUAAUCAUAAAAAAGGUCUAGGCAAGAACAAUAGGAAGGCUGAGUUUCCUCAAGCUGGCAAUGCUGUGGCGGAGAUGAAUGAGGUUCAAGUUAUUGAGGAGGCAUCAACAGAGAACAUGGCAGGCACAGCUGAAAACGAUGCAGUCGCACCUUCUCCACCUCUAUUAGAAAAGCAAGGUGCUAACUUGAGUGAAUCAAGUGGUUCAAGUGGUUCAAGUAGUGAUUCUGGAUCUUCUUCAAGUGAUUCUGACAGUGAUAGGUCCUCUUUGUAAUAUCAGCUCCUUGUGAUUCUUGUAUUCAACUUAGUUUAAUCAAGUUACCUUGUGCAUAGUUCAUAUAACCACAGAAUGAUUCUCAUUGGCCUUGGGAGAUGCGGCUGCGGUUUUUGCAUUGUUAUCUCUUUGAGCUGAGCUGACUUCAUGCUGGAAGUAGGAAGCAAUCUACAUCCAGCGAAUUUUUAUCAGAGACAAUAGUUUUAUUAGUGGUGAAAGCGUGGUUCACAAAACUAGUUUAAACGGGUAUCUAAAUAGGCGAUUUUUGUAAGCUAGCCUUUUACCCCAAUUAUUAUUCUUCAGUAGAAGGGAUCAAAUUGGAUGAUCAUUUCUUUUCUCAUUUUCAGUGAUGAUUGCACUGGAAGCGCCUCCCUACUUGAGCUGGUAUCUUGAACUUAGCAUGCUUUUUAUCAGUGUAGAUACUGUUUUUUGCCCCCUUUAAACAUGACUUGUACUGCCAUCCUUACAUUUACGUUCAGAAUGGUGUUUGAUUUUCA